AUGGCCGAAGACGGGGAACGCCCGGGAGGGAGGCGGCGGCGGCGGCGGCGGCGGAGGAAGGAGGGUACCGAAGACGAGAACCCAGAGGUGGCGGCGGAGCGGCAGAGGCGACGGCUGCAGGAGGCGCGCUCCGAAUUGAAGGAUUCGGAAUUCUGGGACUCGAGCCGAAGAACUAUUUUAAAAUCGCUCGGAACCCCCCCAGCAGCUGAGCAGGACGCAUUUGCAGCCUUGGAGAAAUUGCGGGAUGCCCUCCUGGAAGAAGGGGCCCCAAAGGGGCCCAAUGGCAGAGCGCCGGGCUUGCAGUGCGUGUGCUAUGGCCUUGGAAGCUUUUGCUCUUGUGCCAAGGCGCGCCUCCAGCUGGCCUUCCUGUUGCUGCUGCUGGAAGAACUCAAGAUUUCCCCAGAGAUGUGCUUUGUGUUUGACCCCAUCUUUUCCGCGCUGGAAAUUGAGGUCCUGAGUGGCCUUGGCCUCACUGUGCUGCAGUGGAAUGAGGAGGGAAAACGGAGCAUCAGGGGCCCCACUCUCUUCUACAUGGUCCACUGCGGGAAAGCGCUGUACAACAACCUGCUGUGGAGCAACUGGUCCCUGGAAGCACUCUCCCAGAUGGUGGUCGUGGGGAACAGCUUCAGGGGCUUUGAAGAAAGACUGCUGGCCAAAGUCUUCCAUGAGAAUUACAGUUACAUUGCCAAGGUGCUGGAGGCAACGCAGGAGGAAGCCCUCCCACCCCACCCGCAGCAGCCGGACGUCUUCAACGACAUCUCCAUCCACCGCUUCCCCCUGUGGAAACUGAGGGCCCUUCCCCAGGGCUGCUGGGCCUGCCCGCAGGAGCCUGUUUACCCAGAAGAGGACCAGCUGGAGAUCACCAGAAACCAGCCCGUGUGACACUCCCACCCCGCAAGAUGAGCAGCGAUUUCAGAACCCAAAGCUUGGGGAGGGGGGCCACGCAGCAAGUCGGGCACCACAAGCACGGACAGACACUGCGCGCUGAAUGACUCUCACUUGCAGAGUCGUCUCUUUGGCCACUGGGCUUUCGCCAGGCCUUGCCCCUUGCUCAGAGCAGAGCUGGGGCGGAGAACACCACCAGGAGGUCUUGCUCCAAGAAAUCAGACCAGGACCCUCUCCCCAAAAUGCUUUUUUGUUUUUUCUCCUGGUAAGAACUUGGGGCCUGACCUACAAAGCUCACCCGUGCAACAGACCAAGUUUGGUUAGGGUUACAUGACAAAGAACCCAGGGAUCUGCCAGGCCACCCAAAUGCUUUUACAACUUUUUAAUUAAAAAAAAAACUCUC